ACUGAAGAUUCUGUACUAUUUCUUUUCCAGGAAUCCCUCCAAAUUUGGCAACCUUGUAAUCACAGUGACUUCAGCUGCCCCAUCUGUCUUCAGACAGCUACUCUCCCAGUAGAAACCAACUGUGGACAUCUAUUCUGUGGUUCCUGUCUGAUCACCUACUGGAAACACGGUCCCUGGUUAGCAGCAAUAACCUGCCCUCUCUGCAGACAAAAGGUGGUUCUUCUGGAUAGCAUCUCUUGUGAAAAGAAACAUGAUAAGCCAAGUAAACAAAUUGUACAUGACAUCAGAGAUUACAACAAGCGUUUCUCAGGGCAACCUCGACCUUUUGCAGAUUACCUUUAUGACAUGCCCUUAUUCCUGACUCUUGCCUUGCGAGGAAUCUUCACCUGGGGUGUUCUGGUUUGGCUUUUUUUCCUGCGAGUUGCUGUUUGCUCCUUUGGAACUAUCAUAUGCUUGUCUUCCCCAUUUGACAUGAAGCCUGGGCCUCUCUGUAGGACACUUGGAACCGCUGAUGACAUGGUGGUUGUUUCCCUUCUUUUAAUUUGCAUGAUAAACAUAUGUCAGCAAAUUGCACCUAAUGGGGUGAGUAUGGCGAGGUCUGCAGCUCAGAGCAUGCUGUCAGAGGCCUGACUGACUCAAACUUGGAUUCCUUGAUCAAAGUUCACCAAGCAGUGACAGGUUUCUGAUUUGGGGCAGAAGAUGAUAGAUUUGUCAUUCUGCCUCUGACAAAGGCUGAAGCAGGACUCAGCAAUACUUGG